CCGAGGCCGGGCUGCUUCAGGGGGAGGCGCCAACUCGUCGCUGCGCCGGGCCCCCAACCGAGCAGUAACGGCGACCCAGAAGGCGGAGCGGAUGCGGCUCGGGCCUGCGCUGAGUCACAUUAACUUUAUCCUAGAAGACAACUUUACAAGGAUCUAGAAGGAGCAGGAUUAAAGAUGACUGAAUACAGGGCUCCAGAAAUUUAAAACAAUCAGGGGACUGCACAGGACUGAGUCCAUAUGGAGGAAGAGCUUUCCCUUUCCUAUGGAGAAAGUGGCAAGCCAGUACAGGCUACUCUGUCAUCUUUGAAGAUGUUAGAUGUGGGAAAGUGGCCAAUUUUCUCCCUUUGUUCUGAGGAAGAACUGCAGUUAAUUCGUCAAGCCUGUGUCUUUGGCAGUGCUGGCAAUGAAGUUUUAUAUACUACCGUAAAUGACGAGAUUUUUGUGCUUGGCACAAACUGCUGUGGCUGUUUGGGAUUAGGUGAUGUCCAGAGUACCAUCGAACCUCGGAGACUGGAGUCUUUAAAUGGCAAAAAAAUAGCCUGCCUCAGCUAUGGGAGUGGCCCCCAUAUUGUCCUUGCAACAACAGAAGGAGAAGUCUUUACCUGGGGUCAUAAUGCUUAUAGCCAGCUGGGCAAUGGGACAACUAAUCAUGGUUUAGUGCCCUGUCAUAUUUCUACUAAUUUGUCAAACAAGCAAGUCACCGAAGUUGCCUGUGGGUCUUACCAUUCUUUGGUGCUAACAUCUGAUGGAGAGGUAUUUGCCUGGGGUUAUAACAACUCCGGGCAGGUAGGCUCUGGGUCAACAGCUAAUCAGCCGAUCCCUCGAAGAGUCACGGGCUGCCUGCAGAAUAAAGUGGUUGUGAACAUAGCAUGUGGGCAGAUGUGUUCAAUGGCAGUGGUGAACACUGGGGAGGUCUAUGUCUGGGGUUACAAUGGAAACGGGCAGCUUGGACUUGGCAGUAGCGGCAACCAGCCAACACCCUGUAGGAUAGCAGCUCUGCAAGGCAUUCGUGUCCAGCGGGUGGCCUGUGGCUAUGCACAUACUUUAGUGUUAACAGAUGAAGGCCAAGUGUAUGCUUGGGGUGCAAAUUCUUAUGGCCAGUUGGGCACUGGCAAUAAAAGUAACCAGUCCUAUCCUGCGCCUGUCGUUGUGGAAAAGGACAGCAGCUGCUGCCGUCAGCCAAGCCCGUGCCCCACCCCUGACUUCCUGUGUGCUGCUAGGUGUUCCAGAAUCAUAGAGAUCGCAGCCUGCCAUUCAGCGCAUACGUCGGCGGCCAAGACCCAGGGCGGGCACGUGUACAUGUGGGGCCAGUGCCGGGGCCAGUCGGUGACCCUGCCCCACCUCACCCACUUCUCCUGCACCGACGAUGUGUUUGCCUGCUUUGCCACGCCUGCUGUCUCAUGGCGCCUCCUGUCCGUGGAACCCGACGACCACCUUACAGUGGCAGAAUCGCUCAAGAGGGAGUUUGACAACCCCAACACGGCCGACCUCAAGUUUCUGGUGGAUGGAAAGUACAUUUAUGCACAUAAAGUCCUUCUCAAAAUUAGGUGUGAGCAUUUUCGUUCUUCACUGGAAGACAAUGAGGAUGAUAUCGUAGAAAUGAGUGAAUUUUCGUACCCUGUUUACCGAGCCUUCCUGGAAUACCUGUACACAGACAGCAUCAGCCUUUCACCUGAGGAGGCAGUAGGGUUGCUAGAUUUGGCUACAUUUUAUAGAGAAAAUCGUUUGAAAAAGCUCUGCCAGCAAACUAUCAAGCAAGGAAUCUGUGAGGAGAAUGCCAUUGCGCUGCUUUCGGCUGCUGUGAAGUACGAUGCUCAGGAUUUAGAAGAAUUCUGCUUCAGGUUUUGCAUAAACCAUUUGACUGUAGUAACACAGACUUCAGGCUUUGCAGAAAUGGACCAUGAUCUUCUCAAGAACUUCAUCAGCAAGGCAAGCAGAGUUGGAGCCUUUAAAAAUUGAACCCCACCUGCAAGAAAGAAUUGUUAGCAUUUCCAUUUUUCCCUGCAAAAGCCAGAGAAUAACUUCUCCUUCAUAGUAUUUAUGAUGAGCUACACUUGACCGAAUACUUAUAUUCUAUCAAAAGGGGGUGGUGGUCAGUCUGCCCCAUCAGCUGAAAUCUGAAGUUGACGGCAGAAAGCAUUCAGUGCUCUCUGAUCAGCUGCGACUAAGCUAAGAAAGAAAGAAAGAAAAAAAAAACGGAAACGUCUUAUUUACCAUUUCCUCUUUUGAGUCAUUUAAGUUGGGACACUUUUGGUACAUCGGUCGAACUAUAUGCUAUUCUGGUCAAAUUUCCAUUCUUCCAAAGGCUGAUAUCACAUAGAGAGCUUGACAAGGGAGGCUGUCAUAUCACACUGUCAGCACCCGGCACGGUGCCCUGCAUACUAAGUAGGCACUCAGUUAAUUUCUUAUAAAUCUGAAGGAUGCUUGAGAACAGUUUUAUAUGUGGGAUACCGGAUGAAGGAGUAACUUGAACAAAAACAAAUUUGAAACGGCCUGUAACAUCUGAGGGUCAUGUUCUACUGGGAACUGGUUCUGAGUCAUCGUGGCUAACAUCAAACAUUAAUUAGAAUUCACAAACAGCCGUGGCAAUUUAAUUGUCAAAGUCCCAAGGGCUAAUUUUAAUUUUCUUUUUACUCUGAGUCAUUACUUUCUCAUGUGGGAUUAUUGAAUAUGAAGUACUGUCUCUGAAUGAAUGUUAUUUCUGGGAUUAUCUGCCUUACAUAAUUGCAUUAUGUCUUUUCCUUUUGUGUUAAGAGAGACUUGCUUGUGUAAGUAAAAAUGAUUCUGUGUUUCUCUUGUAGUUGACUUUUAUGUCCCUAUAAAACAGUUCUCUUAACCUGGCACAAAAAAAUUAUAAAGUGCUGGCUGAAAAGGAACUCAUAUUUCACGGACAGCAUUAACAAGAAUGAGAUAAAUUUAUACUUUUUAGAUCAAAACAAGUUACCCAACUGCAAGAGAGAAACUGGAACAGGAUGUAGGAAGUAGUGUCAGAUCCCUCUAAUAUGUGUUUCACAAUAUGAUAUGUGUUUCUCAAUAUAUUAUGUAAAGAAAAUUCUUUUGGAAUUAGAAACCUUGUUCUGAUGCUAAACUAUUUGAUAAUAAAAUGCUUAUUUGGAGAUAAUAAGACAAAUA